CGAAUAUUUUAUAAUUAUCAAAAGCAGAUUCAAAUCUAAACCAACUAGAUAUUAGCAGAUUAUCCCAUUUUCCCUAUUAUAAACCAAAUCUACUCAAAUCUAUCUCUCUCGCAAACAGUCCUGAUCAGUCUGCAGAAGUUUUCUGUGAAGUACUCUCUCUCUCUCAAGAUGACAAUCCAAAUCUACGCAAAGACUCUUACAGAAAAGACCAUAACACUUGAUGUUGAAACCUCCGACUCCAUCCAUGAUGUCAAGGCAAUGAUCCAGGGCAAGGAAGGCAUUCCUUUAGACCAGCAAUGACUUAUCUUUGCGGGUAAACAGCUCGAGGAUGGCCUUACCUUGGCUGAUUACAGCAUCCAGAAAGAGUCAACUCUCCACUUGGUUCUAAGGUUGAGAGGUGGCAUGCAAAUCUUUGUGAAGACUCUUACGGGAAAGACCAUAACUCUUGAGGUCGAAAGCUCAGACACAAUUGACAACGUCAAGGCCAAGAUCCAAGAUAAAGAAGGAAUCCCUCCUGACCAGCAGAGGCUGAUCUUUGCAGGUAAGCAACUCGAGGAUGGCCAUACUCUUGCGGAUUACAGCAUCCAGAAAGAGUCAACACUUCACCUUGUCCUUCGUCUUCGCGGUGGUAUGCAGAUAUUUGUGAUAACCUUUCCCGGUAAAAACUUUACCGGUGAAACCCUCACCCUAGAAGUUGAGAGCUCAGACACCAUUGACAGUGUCAAGGCGAAGAUUCAAGAUAGGGAAGGUUUACGCCCGGACCACCAGAGGCUCAGCUUUCACGGUGAAGAGCUCUUCACCAAGGAUGGCCGUACUCUUGCCGAUUACGGCAUCCAGAAUAAGUCAGCCCUUCACCUUGGCACUCGUCUUCGCGGUAAUAUGUAUAUAUUUGUGAAAAACCUUCCCUAUAAUACCUUUACCGGUGAAAACUUCAUCCUAGAAGUUGAGAGCUCAGACACCAUUGACAAUGUUAAAGCUAAGAUCCAAGAAAAGGAAGGAAUUCCUAUGGACCUACAUAGACUUAUCUUUGCUGGUAAACCGCUUGAGGGUGGUCGAACGCUAGCACAUUACAACAUCCAGAAAGGAUCAACUCUGUAUCUGGUGACUAGAUUCCGUUGUGGGAUGCAGAUUUUUGUCAAGACCCUUACCGGAAAGAGAAUAAAUUUGGAAGUUGAGAGCUGGGACACAAUCGAAAAUGUUAAGGCCAUGAUUCAGGAUAAAGAAGGGAUCCAACCAGACCUGCAGAGGCUGAUCUUUCUCGGUAAAGAGCUCAAGGAUCGCUGUACUCCUGCGGAUUACGGCAUCCAGAAAGAGUCAACACUCCACCUUGUCCUUGGUAUGCAGAUAUUUGUGAAACUCUUUGGCGGUAAAAUCAUUACCCUAGAAGUUGUGAGCUCAGACACCAUUGAAAGUGUUAAAGCUAAGAUUCAAGACAAGGUAGGUUCACCCCCGGACCAGCAGAGACUGAUCUUUCUCGGUCACGAGCUCGAGGAUGGCCGUACUCUUGCGGAUUACGACAUCCGGAAUGAGUCAACCCUUCGCCUUUUCUUUCAUAUUCCCCAUGGUAUGCAGAUAUUCGUCAAGACGUAUGCAUUUUCCGGUGAAACCCCUACCUGUAAAACCAUUACCCUAGAAGUUGAGAGCUCAGACACCAUUGAUAAUGUAAAAGUUAAGAUCCAACACAAGGUAGGAAUUCCUCUGGACAGACAGAGCCUUAUCUUUGGUGGUAGAGUGCUUGUGGGUACUCGAACGCUACUAGAUUACAACAUCCAGAAAGAAUCUACUAUCCAUCAGCUGUUUCUUCAGAGAGGUGGUAUGCAGAUUUUUAUCAAGACCCUUACCGGAAAAACCAUAAUGUUGGAAGUUGAAAACUCAGACACAAUCGCCAAUGUGAAGGAAAAGAUCCAAGUUAAGGAAGGGAUCACACCAGUCCAACAGAGGCUAAUAUUUUUCGGAAAACAGCUUGAAGAUGGCGUCACUUUAGGGGAUUACUGUAUUCAUAAAAAUUCAACUCUCUACCUUGUUCUCCGUCUAUGACUUUUGAGUUUUUUUU